GAUUCUUUACGAUACCACCGUGGAGGAUGCGCUACUUGAUAGUUUGCUGAACAAGCUUACCGUUCCAUUUAUCCAUGGCCAAAUAACGAAUAGAUCGGCGGCACGCUCUAAGCAAAUGCUGAAUUCGAUUGAGAAUAAGUGCGUGAGCUACAUCCUGUUUAUGCAAGACGUCAUGAAAUGUCGCGACCUCAUUGGGGCGCAACCGUUUAACAAAGUUAUCAUCGUGGCAAGAUCCUCCCAGUGGAGAGUGUACGAAUUUUUGGAGUCGGAUAUUGCACAAAGCUUUGUGAAUCUUCUCGUCAUCGCGAAGUCGGAUAAGCUCGCUUCACCGUUAGAGGAAAUGCCCUACAUUUUGUACACUCACGAACUUUACAUGGACGGACUAGGUUCGAGCGCCGCUCAAGUCCUAACAUCGUGGAAAAAUGGCACCUUGACGAGACCAAAGCUUAAUCUAUUCCCACGGAAAAUGAGCCAGGGGUUUGCGGGGCAUCGGUUUAUCGUUGCACUUGCACAUCAACCUCCAUACGUGAUCAAAAGAGACACCGAUGGGGAGGGCAACAUGAAAUGGGAAGGCGUAGAGGUGCGCCUAAUAAGACUUCUGGCACAGAAAUACAACUUUACCACGGACUUACGAGAGGCGCACAACACGGAAACACUCGGGAUAGGAAAAGCCGUGACGCAGGAGGUGGAAACUCGAAAGGCAGACAUUGGAAUUGGGGGACUGUAUGUGGUCGCGGAAAAGAUUAACAAAGUAGAUGUUUCUUAUGGACAUUCUCAGGAUUGCGCCGCCUUUAUUUCGCUAACGUCUACGGCACUGCCGAGGUGGCGAGCAAUCAUGGGUCCGUUCCAGUGGAGCGUGUGGCUGACGUUGACGUUAACGUAUCUGUUCGCUAUAUUUCCAUUGUCGUUCUCAGACCGACACUCCUUAAGGUACCUGAUUGAAACGCCGGAAGAAGCCGAAAAUAUGUUUUGGUAUGUGUUCGGGACGUUCACCAACUGCUUCUCGUUUAGUGGGAGUAAAUCGUGGGGCAAAUCGGAAAAGAUAACUACCAGAUUGUUGAUUGGUUUUUACUGGAUCUUCACCAUUAUAAUAACGGCAUGCUACACUGGCUCGAUAAUCGCCUUUGUAACCAUACCUGUCUUUCCGGAAACAGUCGACACUGUAAAGCAACUACUGUCAGGGCACUAUCAAAUCGGAACCUUGGACAAGGGAGGAUGGGAGUAUUGGUUCGAAAAUUCCUCCGAUCCUUACACCACGAAAUUACUAAGACAGGUGGAUUACGUGCCGACGGUAGCCGACGGUAUUAAAAACAUAACGUCCGCGUUCUUCUGGUCUUAUGCGUUUUUAGGCUCGAGAGCCGAGCUCGAUUAUGUGGUGCGCACGAAUUAUACAACCACGAGUAAGAGGGCUGUGUUGCACAUCAGCUCCGAGUGCUUCGUCCCAUUCGGCGUGGCAGUGAAUUUUGGGAUUAACACGGUUUACACGCAAGUGUUAGAUAAGGGAAUCAUAAGAGCUGUUGAGAGCGGCUUCUUGAAGAAAAUCGGAAGCGACGUUGAAUGGGAGAUGAUGCGCACGGCCACCGGAAAAUUCCUUCAGGUAUCGUUGAGGUUUUUGCAAAUUUGACAGAACAGUUUUUA